CAGGCAGUUCGGCAGCUGUUGUGAGAUCGUCGGAGAAAACAAAGUGUCCGCCAGAGAGACAAGAUAAAAAGGGAUUGAGAAAAGCAAAACAAAGAGAAAGUACGAAGCAAUUGGCAGCGCGAGAGAUUUUUUAUCGGAGUCGCUUUUCCACUUUUCCUUUCAUCAGCCAAAACCAAUUAUGAAGCUACUACACUGCCUCCUAGCGGCGACAUUAGCAACUACGUGGUGCGCCGCCUUCCCGCAAGAUGUCUCUCACCCUCCUACCUUCAGCGGCUUCAAAGCGCCGUUGUUAUUCCCUAACCUGGCGCGUCGUUGGCAAGGUUACCAAAGAACAAGUGAUUUUGGAAUUUCGCCGGUGAAAGAUUUAGGUUAUCCGCCCCACAACGAGUUUGAAUAUCCGCCAGUCAACGGUUUUAACGAAUUCGUUGGACUUCCUGACACGAAUUUCCUAUCUUCGGAUCUUCAGGAGAGAGAAGUCCCGGAUGAAGUCAGUCCAGAAUCACAGAAUACAUAUAGUAAUGAAAACGCAAUUCAGGUUAAUUCUGAAAAUGUUCCUAACCCGUUUAUGUUUGAAGCCCCUCAGUAUUCCAGGAUUCCUGAAACCAUUCCAGAUUUUCCCAACCACAACUUUAAUAACUUUCCAAUUCCUUAUGCCUUGGAAUACAUGGAAUCCCGGGGUUCAAGAACACGAUUCCCAUUUCCGUAUAUUCCAGAAUUCCCGGUUCCUGCCUCUCCACCUUCCCCCAUCAUUCCCAAUUUCCUCGUUGGAAUUCCAGAGCAUCUUACCCCAAAGGAGUUGCCAUUGAACAAUAUUCCAGGAUUCCCGGUUCCAAAUACCCGCGAAUUCCAGUUUGAUGCCGUGCAGAGAUUCCCUGCUCUUAACAGUCAAGAAUUCCCUCAAACAGUGCCAUCAUAUGUACGUGAAUUCCCAUUUUGGAAUUUCCCCGGAUUCCCGAGUGUCCCAGUUGUCCAUGCAAGUGCUUUUGGACUCUCGCCUCCAAAUGUUCAGAAUGUUCAUUCACACUUCCGAAAGAAUCUGGAUUCCCAUUUGGCAAUACUCCUGGAAUCAACAGAAUGA